GAGCUGGGAACAGCAGUCGUAGGCUUUGGCUGGGUGUUGACCACCUUGUCAGGUGUCAUCGUCAUAGCAAGAGGUGUCCUGAAGAUCCUACGGUUCCACGGUCUAGCAUGGGAAGACUAUCUGAUGAUCCUUUCAAUGCUCCUUGCAAUUGUCUACCAAGUUUCAAGCACACUACUAUACGGUACUAACCUUACCGAGCAGACGGCCUUCCACUCCCCCAAAUUUGCGGAAUAUAUCUACAUCUGCCAUGCCGUCGGUUUCAUGGCUCCGCUAUUCAGUCGCAUCUCAUUCUGUCUUUAUAUGUUGCGUGUUCUUAGCACAACAUUAGCGACUAGAAAACGCUGCAUCUAUGCCUUCAUCGCGCUCCAACUCUUAAUUAACGUACCCAUGUCGAUCUUGGUAUUCACACAGUGCGGAAGCUUCCACAACCUUUGGGCUCACGGCAUGGCUGAGUCUGCGCCAUCUUGCGUACAUCACAUAAUCAUCAAGUCCGCAGCUCUUACAACAUCAGUCUUCAACGCCGUUACUGAUCUUUUCCUGACGAUAUUGCCGGCAAUGGUUGUUUGGAGUAUCAAAGUCAUGACCCCGCGUGCACGCCUGGGUCUCGUCGCCACCUUGGGCUUGAGCUUCUUCGCAACUAUCGCCAGUGCGAUCAAGGUUUACUACGUGUAUGCAUUGUACACAUUCGCACCGUCCAUGCAGGAAGUAGGACACUUGAUUUUGGUCAUGUGCGUGGAGAUCAAUGUUGUCAUCAUCGCCGCCAGUAUUCCAGUAUUGGCGCCGCUG